CUCUCCCACCUCUCACUCUGGCAGUACCCAGAAGAACCGCCUGGGGGCAGCAAAGACCAGGUCCAAAGCUGCCUGCUAACUUCACAGCAGGUGCAGGGCUUUCCCAGUCGGAAGGUCUAGGAAUGGGGGCAGGGGCCGAGAAGAGAGGAGUAUUUGAGAGAGAAGGAGGCAUAGAGGGAUUGAGAAUGGGGUGAGGAGCCCAAGAGUUCCAUGGCCUCCACUUCCCGACGCCAACGCCGAGAGCGUCGCUUCCGUCGUUAUUUGUCUGCAGGACGGCUGGUCCGGGCCCAAGCCCUCCUCCAGCGACACCCAGGCCUUGAUGUAGAUGCUGGGCAGCCUCCACCACUGCACCGGGCCUGCGCCCGCCACGAUGCCCCUGCCCUGUGCCUGCUUCUUCGGCUUGGGGCUGACCCUGCCCACCAGGACCGCCACGGGGACACAGCGCUGCACGCUGCUGCCCGGCAGGGCCCUGAUGCCUACACGGAUUUCUUCCUGCCACUGCUGAGUCGCUGUCCCUCUGCCAUGGGAAUAAAGAAUAAGGAUGGGGAGACCCCAGGGCAAAUUCUGGGCUGGGGACCCCCCUGGGAUUCUGCCGAGGAGGAGGAAGAAGAUGAGGCCUCUAAGGAGCGGGAAUGGAGCCAGAAGCUGCAGGGAGAGCUGGAGGACGAGUGGCAGGAGGUCAUCGGGAGGUUUGAAGAUGAUGCUUCCCAUGAGACCCAGGAACCCGAGUCCUUCUCAGCCUGGUCAGAUCGCAUGGCCCGGGAACAUGCCCAGAAGCGCCAGCAGCAGCGCGAGGCAGAGGGAGCCUGCCGACCCCCACGGGCUGAGGGCUCGGGUCAGAGCUGGCGGCAGCAGCAGGAGGAGCAGCGGCUCUUCCAAGAGCGAGCCCGGGCCAAGGAGGAAGAACUGCGUGAGAGCCGAGCCAGGAGGGCACCGGAGGCUCCCGGGGAUCGAGUGCUGGAGCCAGCCAGGGCCGGGCCCAGGGCAGAGCACCCCAGAGGAGCGGGGAGGGGCAGACUCUGGCGCUUCGGUGAUGUGCCCUGGCCCUGCCCUGGCGGAGGAGACCCAGAAGCCAUGGCUGCAGCCCUGGUGGCCAGGGGCCCUCCCUUGGAGGAGCAGGGGGCCCUGAGGAGGUACUUGAGGGUCCAGCAGGUCCGCUGGCACCCCGACCGCUUCCUGCAACGAUUCCGAAGCCAGAUUGAGACCUGGGAGCUGGGCCGAGUGAUGGGAGCUGUGACAGCCCUUUCUCAGGCCCUGAAUCGCCAUGCGGAGGCCCUCAAGUGACCCCAGGGAAAGAGCAAGAAACUGCAGGAAGUGCAGGGAAGUAAGAAGGGUAAGGUCAGGAGACCGGUGCUGAACGGCAGAGGAUGUGGGGCGGGAGCAGAACUUGUAAUGAGCAGGGGUGGGGGGAUGCGGGCCACCACCACUGCUCCUUGACUCUGCCAUUUCCUAAUAAGACCUGGUUCCACAUCUCACUCCCGGUGUCUCCUCUGCCUUUGUCCAUCACUGUGGUUUUCAUCACCCAUAACAUCUCCUUUCUCACUCCACCUGCCCAAACCCACAGCUCCUGCACACCUGCACCAUGCACGCACACCCUAACUCGUGCCCUCAGCUGGAGACUAGGAGCCCCUGCUUGCCUGCCCACCCGCCCACCAGGGCGGCCCUAAGAAGGCCCAGCUUGCCCUCCAGUCUCUCCACUCCCUACACUGGGCUCCUCUCCACUCUUCAGUCAGCGGUUGGAGAAAUAGAUGUGAACAGAGGCGAAAAGGGGAACAAAACCAGUUUCCCUCCCCUCCCCAGCCAGAACCACAUCCUCCUCCCCACUUAACACCCCCUUCCCCCAACACAGGGCUUUCCCUCUGCUGAGUCACUGAAUGAUGUGAAUUGGGGGCAGCUGGAGCUGGGGGACCAUAAGGAGGCUGUGGGAGGUUGGGGGAUAGAAGCAGAAAGGAUGGAGGAAGAGCCUAUGGGGCAGUGGAAUUUCGGUUGCUAAAAUUAGGAGCAGGGGAAGGAGGCGGAAAGGGCCAAAUUAUGUAACCUGGGUUGUCUGUUCUUGGGCAACCAGGGAUCCACCCCUGAGGCCAUCCCUCGCCUCUAGCUUCUCAGUCCCGUCUCUCGUCCUCUAGAGCCCCGAUUCUCUGCUCCCUCCAUCGAGCUUCUGCCCCCAUCCCAAACCUGGGCUUCAUCUCUGGGCAGCCCAGUCUUGGCCUUCCAGAUAAACAUCCCCUUUUCCUGAGGUUGAGGAAAGGGCCUGGAGGGUAGAGGGAGAGGGUCCAGGAUUCGCAGGGCGUGGGGUGGAGGACACCCUCCCUUCCACUCUUCAUACUCAGUCCCCACUUCAGCUCCCGGGAACUGGGGUAGGGAGUUUGCAGACAGCACCAGACCCCACGUCACCAGCAGGACACAGCAGGAACUCAGCAAAGAGAAAGGGCAGGACUAAGGAGAGUACAGGCAUGCGCUGGCACGUGCACAGUCUGCAUGUUGUCUGCAUCAGAGAAUCAUGAAUCAGAACUUAUUUUUCAGGUUUGGAAUGGAAUGCCGGUCUACACAGGAGAAUCCCAGGAGUGGAAGUGGAGGGCAAGAGGUGACAGGGAGGGGAAGCUUCUGGAAGCAUGGAAACAUGGGGCGGGUGUGAGACCCUUGAAGAAGACAGAGAGCCAAAAGGCCCCAGGUCUCCGAGGGACCAGGCGGAUGUUCAGGGGGCAGGAGGAGGAAGGGCUGGUGAGAAAGAUCCUGUGAGAGGAAGCUGCUGUGAUUCAGAGAAGAGACUGCGAGCUGUGAGCAACCCAGGCGUCCGGUUCCUCUCACAGGCCAGAGAUUUCGGAAGUGGCAUGCAAAGAGCUCAGGUUGGGAGUGGAGGCGGGGUUGGGGUUAGGACCCCUAAGCUGGGGGUUGAGAGGUAAGCAACAGAAAACUUUGGUGUCCAAAUUUGUUCCUUCAUCCAGCAGACUUUUGUCUGGUUUUUGAGCACAUCAUUUGCCCUUCUGCCAAGAGUCACAUAAAACUAAAGCAAAACAAGCCCUGAUACCUGGCCCCCCAGACCUCCCUCUUCUCAACGUCUCUCCCUGGUGUCUGGCCCCCAGCCCUGUUGGGGGUUCCCCUGAGAUGAGGGCUGUUCACUUUCUCUGACCACACGGUUUCCGCUUCUGUGUCUCUAAUUUCCUAGGCUGAUAAAAAUACUGAACCCUAGAGGCCCUGGCUUCCUCUGACCCCCUGGGGCCAGGCGGCAGGCAUCCUGUCCUCCAUGGUGGGGGUGGGGAGGAGGAACCAGGGAUCCCCAAGGGGUGACUCAGUGCCUACCAUGAAACACUGGGGAGGUAGGAGUGUGCAUAUCUCGCUCUCUAGACCUGGAAAGAGGAAUCACUUCUCAGAGGAGGAUGCGUUGGGGUUCAGUUAGAGAAAUGGGAUUGGGAAUGAGACCGGUGAGAUUGAAGAGGGUCAGUUGGGGGAUCGGGUUGGGGCAGGUUUGGAUUAAGUUAGGAGAAGGGUCUGGGAGGGACUCUCUUCAGUGCAGUUCAGCUGAGCAUCAAAUAGCCCAAAGAUAAAUGCAAACUCUGUUUCAAGUUUGCCAUCCGAUAGGGGAGGCAGGCCCAUACCUAAUCAACUGAUUCAAGGCAUGCUGAGUAAAAACGAGUAAGGUACAGUGGAUGUGCAAAAAGGGGAAGGGGAGGUGGAUUCCGGCUGAAAGCACCCGGGGGUCUCUGAGGGAGGAGAAGGCAUUUGACGAACGGGUAGGAUUUCUGUGGGAGGGGGAGUGGAAGGGCCCCAGAGAGGAGUGAAACAGCUUGAGCAGAGGCCAGGAGUCAGAAAACAGGAAAGACAAGUGUCCUGAGGUAGAGGAAGCACAGGUGUGAGGGAGCAUGUGCUGAAGAAAGGACACAGAAUGUCCAGGUGAGGGAUUUGGACCUUAUCUGUGGGCAGUGGCACUGCGACAGCUGUGAAGAAGAGGGAGUACAGGGGAGUGCUGCAGGUGUACAGACAAGGAAUAAAAGUAACUGCCAUUCGGGGGGCCGCGUACUAUGUGUUAACCGUGUCAAGCCCUUUUCCUAAUGUCAGAAUCCUGCCAGCAACUGUCCAAAGGGGAGGUGGUGGAUCUCCAUUAUACAGAUGAGGAAACUGAGGCUCACAAGUGUACCAUAGCUUGCUUAAGGUCACACAGCUCAAAAGUAGUGGAAUUAGCAUCAAACGCAUUUUACUCCAAAACUUGUGUACUUUCUACUUAGGUCCCAAUAACUCCAAGUGGCGUUAAAGGAAGGAACAGAUUUUAUAAACUGACAGGGAUAAGUCGUUAGGUCAUGCCAACUGAUUGGAUGGUGGGAGUGAGGGAAGAGGAGUCUUAGAUGACUCCCAGUUUUGAGCCAAGGGCAUAGGAAAGGCGAUGAUACCCUAAACCAAGGAGGUGUGUGGCUAAGGGGAAAAUGAGUUAAUUUCAGACAUACAAUCAAAUUUUUAUUAAGCACCUGAAAGAAGCAGGGUGCUCUGCUAGGCAAUGGAUAUAAAUGAUAUAAAGUCACUGCCCUCAUAGGGCUUGCAGUCUAACGAAACAACAUACAGACAAGGACCAACUACACGUGAUGACAGGAGGUGCACCUGCUUGGAGUAAUAAAGUACUCAAGAAAGUCCUGCGGAGUUUGAGGUGUUAGCAUGACACUCGGGUGGAGAUUUCCAGUGAGCAGGUCUGGAGCCCGACAGAAAAGUUGGGGCUGCUGGAGGCAUAGGUUUGGGCAUCAUUCCUUUUCCAGUAGAGGUGGAGCCUCUGAGUGGACAGGAUCCCCAAAAGAGGGUGACCAGAAGAGGCUUGAGGAUGAUCAAAGGAAGAGGAACCAAUAAAGGAGAGAGGUUGGGGGAGCAGUCAGAGAAGUAGGGCAAGGGAGAGGUAUGCCAAGCAGAGACUGGGCGGCCACAUCUGGUGCUUCAAAGAAGUCUAGUAGGUGAGAGUUCAAAAGAUCCUUUGGGUUCAGGAGCUAGAUGAUUACAGAUUUUGAGAAAACAGUUUCCACUUACCAGAGGCACAGAAAUCGCUUUACGUAGGUUAAGGAAUGAGUGGGAGGUGAGGAAAAGGAGGUGGUGAGUACAAAGGCAUAGAAUGGUGAAUACUGAAGGUAACAGUAUCAUCUCUAGCUCAACCCACGAAUUUUACAGUGAGGAAAAUUUUACCAGUUCCCGAAAAAGUGGUUAGUUAGGGGGCUAGUCUCUUUUGAGACAUCACACAGAAAAGGAGGGUGAGAGGUGGAUGGACAUUUAAGGGAGAAAGUCCAGGGAAGGCUUUUUAUUUUCAAGAAAUAAAGUUGAGUAUGUAAAAUGAAGGCGCAUGAAAAGAGAAAGACACUGAAGACAAAAGAAAGGCGGGAAAGAGUAUGGUAAACAUGGGCAAGUGGGAGAGAGUACAAAGAACCAGCCUUGGACGGGAGAAAGAGUCCUCUGAGUCAAGAAGAAAGGAAAAAGGAAACAAAGUGAAGGGAAAAGAAAGCAGUAAAGAGAUCCGCCUUGGAUGGCCUUAAGUUCAAUAAAAAGAUGAUAGCAUCACCAGCUGGGAGUAAAGAGGGGAGGAGGCGUGGAGAUUUAGAACAUCACCUGCAGGAGAGGAACAAGGGAAUCAAAGAUUAGGGAUCACUGAGGGCUUUCUGAGGUUAGAUGGUCAGGAUUAGUCGUAGGCCUCUUAUGAGGACAUGACUCUCCUGCAAUGCUUGGCAGCCUAGGAGAAAGACCCAAGAAUGAGACCAUUGAGUUUACCCAAAUCAAGUUUUUCAAGAUUUUCUUGAUAGAAUAUCAGGAAGGGAAUGAGAGAUGAAGAAAAACUUACCUAGAUAUACAAGUUGUUAAGCACAUGGUAGAGAUGUUGGUGGAGAAGAUUGUGCUGUGAAGACCAGAAGAACGUGGAAAAUGCAAAAGGCAUGGACUUCGAGAGAGGAGGAGGUUAUCAAUGAUGCAGAGGGGAGAGAGGAGAACAGUGGCCUCUCCUCUGCCCCCCCGCUCCUAGUGAUGGGUGUGGAAGAAACAGCAGCCUUCACCAAAGACAGAAGGAACUUUAUUAGGGAAAAGCCAGGUUUCAAAGUACCAGAGGAAGUUGCUUUCAAAAGUGAAAUAGAGGAUUUGAGGAGUUCCAUAGAAUACUGUGAAAUGGAUUGGUAGAAACAUCCUUUGUUGGGUAGGGAAUCGGAUCCAGGGAGGUUAAAUCCCAGUGAGAGUUCAGAAGGAAACUAAGUCUGGAGGAUUUUGCUUCCGGAAGCAAGAGGCUGCUGCUUCUGGAAUUUAGGAUGGGAGUUACACUGCAUUUAUCCUGAGGGAAAACAAACACUUUGAAGGCAUCUUAGGGGGAUGCGUAAGGUAAGGUAUCUCUUCCAAUUCCAUGGCUUUCUUCGUGCCAACAGUUCCCAUUGUUGACUCUCUAGUUCUCACAUUGCCUCUGAAAUCUAGACUCAUAUAUACGACUGCCAAGUGACAUUUCUGGGCAAGGCUUGAAUAUUAUCCAAGACUUGGAUGUCUGUCCAAUAGGUUUAAACUUAAAUCCAAAAUUGAACUUCUGGUUCUCCCAUCCCAUCAGAAUCCUGCUUCUCUCCCAGUCUCCCCGUCUUCUACCCCACCACCAUCCAUCCAAUCCAUCAUCUGGUCCUGUCAAUUCUACCCAUGAAAUAUAUCCCAAUAUAUCCCAAAUUUGUCUACUUCUCUCCAUCUUCAUGGUGGCCACCAUCUUCUCCCCAGGAUUACUGCAGUUGCCUCCUAACUGGUGUCUCUGCUUGCAAUGUUACCCACUACAGUCUAGCCUAAACACAGGAGCCACAAUGAUCUUUUAAAAAUGUAAAUCUGGGCUUCCCUGGUGGCGCAGUGGUUGAGAGUCCGCCUGCCGAUGCAGGGGACACGGGUUCGUGCCCCGGUCCGGGAAGAUCCCACAUGCCGCGGAGCGGCUGCGCCUGUGAGCCAUGGCCGCUGAGCCUGCGCGUCUGGAGCCUGUUGUUCCGCAAUGGGAGAGGCCACAACAGUGAGGGGCCCACGUACGCAAAAAAAAAAAAAAAUGUAAAUCCAAUCACCUCUGCCUCAGACCUCCCUCCCUCCUCCCCCCACACCCACGCAACAUGUGCACACCCUGACACCCUCCAGAGCUUCCCAUGGUUGAGUAAAAUUCAGGUGCUUUACUCGUCCUUGCAGGUCCCUGCAUGAUCGGGCCCCUGCCCCUGCUCCCUGACCUCAUCUCCCACCUCUCUCCCACCCUCUCUGCUCCAGCCACACUGGCCUCCUUUCUGUUCCUCAACACCCCCAGCUCAUUUCCACCUUCCGGCCUUCGCAGUAGCUGUUCCCUUUACGUGGAAUGAUUCUCCCCCAGACCUUCACUUGGCCACUCUUGUCAUUUGGGUCUCAGCUUAAAAUGCCAUUUACUCAGAAAGGACUUUCCUGACCACUGUGUCUAAAGUAGUUCCCCGCCACUCUUACCACAUGGCCUGUCUUGUUUCCUCAUAGCGCUACUAACUGCCUUCUUCUUCAGUGUGUUUCUUUUCUGCCUUGCCUCACUAGAGUGGAAGCUCCACAAGGGCAGGUACCUUAUCUGUCUAUCCCUACUGCCUGGAACAGUGCCCAGCACAUAGUAAGCUCCCAAUAAAGACUUGUUACAUGGAGGCAUGGAUGAAUAAUGGGGAAAAGCAGGAUAAAGCUCAACUUUAGGUUUGUGGUUCAAGUUGAACUUACAUUUAGAGUCAGGUUUAACUAUAGGGUUAAGAAUGGGGAUGAGUUAGUUCCAAGAUUAGCUCUAGAAACAGGGCUGGGUUAGUUUAGAGGAUAAGUUUAUUUGGGGGUUCAUUUAUUGAGAUGUUUAGAUUUGAGGUUAGGGUUGAGUUUGAGUUGUGAUUUGGAUUGAGGUUAAAUAUGGGUUAGGAUCAAAGUUGAUAUGUAAUCCCACUUCAGGUUUUGAGGCUAGGUUCAAGUUUGAGACUAUUGUCAUUUCAGCCUUAUCUGGAGGGCUCAGAGAUUUCACUAGUUUCUCCACAGACACCACUGUAGAAACUGUAUAUCCCUCGGUUUGGAGCACAAGACUCCAGUCAUCACCCCUCCCACUCAGGGAAAGCCCCAAACCAACUGCUGGCCUCCUCAAGAAAGAAACUGAAUUUCACACAACCUCCAAAACUGAGAUUGAAACCAAGAUUGGCCCAUCUCAAGGAGCAUCCUUCAGCACAUCACAAAUGCCUGUGACACGGAGCUUCGACCCAAUUCUCACCCUUCAUUCCUCUCUGUCUCUCAUGUCCCCCCAUCACUUGUCCUCACCUUCCCCUUUUUUUUCUUCAAUGCCCCAGUCUCUCUCUCUGACCGAAGUUUCUCCGUUUCUCUCUAUUUCUCACCGUUAAUUGCAGCACCAUUUUACAUUUUAAUAUAGCCGAGUUCUCCUAGUCCAUGGGCUCCUACCAUUGGAGAGGCAGAAAGAGACAGCAGGAAGAAAAAGGGACUCCAGAGAAUGAGGGACACAGAGGAAAGGAAAGGAGCAGGGCCCAAGAGGUAGGCCAACAGUGACACAAGACACAGUGAGGUUAAAAGAAACAAGAUGAAGCCAAGAUAGAGACCAAGGUAUUUAAAAGAGGCAUCUGUGGCUACCCUUCUUCCGCCAUCACGUCUGGUCAGCCACCAAGACCUGUAGAUUUUGCCUAGAAACUCUCUCCUCCUCUUCGUUCUCCUGCUACUGCCUCGAUUUAAAUGCAGGCUCUUGGGCUUCCCUGGUGGCGCAGUGGUUAAGAGUCCGCCUGCCGAUGCAGGGGACACGUGUUCGUGCCCCGGUCCAGCGUGGAGCGGCUGGGCCCGUGAGCCAUGGCCGCUGAGCCUGCGUGUCUGGAGCCUGUGCUCCACAACGGGAGAG